UAAUUCCAUAUGAUAAAAAAUUUCCUAUUAUUUUAGAUAAUAACAAUUUUAGUAAGUUAAUAAUAGAAUAUGAACAUAAAAGGAAUUUGCAUAUGGGCGCCCAAAAUUUAUUAGCGAACAUUCGUUACAGAUUUUGGAUUUUGGGUGGUAUUAGUGCGGUCAAAAGAGUACUGCGUAAAUGUAUUGUAUGUUUUAAGGUUAAUCCCUCUAGCAUUCAUACUUUGAUGGGUGAACUGCCUGAGCGGAGAAUUUCACCUGCUAGACCUUUUUUUACUUGUGGCGUGGACUACGCAGGUCCCUUUAACAUAAAGACUUCAACUUUGCGAAAUAGCAAAAUUUUAAAGGCUUACCUAUGUGUGUUCAUUUGUUUCGUUACGCGAGCCGUUCAUUUAGAAGUCGUUUCCGACCUCUCAACUAGCGCCUUUUUAAAUGCUUUAAAACGGUUUAUUAGCCGGCGUGGCAAAUGCCAAACUAUAUUUUCUGAUUGUGGCACAAAUUUUGUGGGCGCUAACCACGAAAUGAGGGAUUUUAUGAAUUUAAUUAAUAAUGAAAAUUUUAAUAAUAAGGUGAUCAAACAAUUGUCUCAAGAUGGUAUAAAUUGGAAGUUUAUACCGCCUCGAUCCCCUCAUUUCGGUGGUUUGUGGGAGGCUGCGGUAAAACAGGCAAAAUACCAUUUAAAACGCAUUGUAGGCAAUGCAACCUUAACUUUUGAGGAGUUGACAACAGUUUUUACUCAAAUUGAGGCCUGUAUGAAUUCCCGGCCGCUUAGCGCUUUAUCUAAUGAUCCAAAUGAUCUUUCGCCGUUGACUCCGGGACAUUUUUUAAUUGGAGACUUGUUGGUGGCUCUUCCGGAGUCUGAUGUGAGUGAAGUGAAUCCGAAUAGGUUGAAUAGAUUUCAGUAUGUGAAACAGCUGGUUCAGCAUUUCUGGAAUCGCUGGCAAAGGGAAUGCCUCAGUGAACUAAUUAGACGUUCUAAGUGGGAUCAAGUUACUGGUCCAACCAUCAAAAUUGGUGACUUAGUGUUGUUAAAGGAAGAAAAUCUACCGCCUUUAAAGUGGUCCCUAGGUCGGGUUUUAGAAUUAUAUCCGGGCAGUGAUAAUAUAACUCGGGUUGUGUUGGUCAAGACUGACCAUGGUAAUUUUAAGCGCGCUGUAGCCAAAUUGUGCAUUCUGCCACUGGCUUAAUUUGUAAAUAGUUAGUACCCUUUUAGUGAAUAAGAAUAAUAUGUUAACUUGUAGAUUAAGUUCUUUUUAAAUUGAAAUUAUUCAUAUUAGGAUUAAUUUUUUUGUUGAAAGAAGGUGAUUCUUUCAAGGCCGGCGGUAUGUUGCGUAAUUCAAUUUAAAUCGACAAAAAAUAUAAACAAAAUUUAUUUUAAUUUGUUACGCCACUGUUCUUUACGGCGGCGCUAUGUAAUAAAGGAAACCACCCCGCCCGCCUGUUAUGACACCGGCUUGUAACGGCCUAUCCUGAGAUAGAGUGAGUCGAGUAGUCGUCGGUGACGAGGAGUCGAGAGAAAUGUUGCCCUUGAUUUGCAAUAAUGUGCAUGUGUAAUAAUUAGUCUUUAAUUGGGGUUGUAAUGGGAUUGGGGUGAAUUUGUCCUAAAUAAAGUGUAGUGCAAGUGACAUUGGGUUUUAUUGGCCCAGUGAAAUGGAUAUCAAUACGAGAAAUAGAAAAUAGAUAACGGGUGGAAUUCUCGAAGUCCCCCACAAAAUCCUUUUACCUGCGCCCAUAUCAGUUCUAUAGGAUUUAGUUCGCAAUGAUAUGGCGGUAAGCGCAGUACAGUUAUAUUAUAUUUUUCGGCUAUAUCUUCCACGGCGUAUUUCAUGAAACGAGUUUUGUGUAAGUUUGCUAUUGCCAGCAGUUCUUUUUUUAUCAAAUUUGCUUCAAACGCAAUACCUUUUGCAGUCAGCCAAUCGAUAAUUUCUUGCUUUCUCCAACUUGAAGUUGGCGUCUUCUCUAUUCGCCGUGAAUGAUAGCUUGCGUUAUCCAUAACCACCACCGAAUUAGCCGGAAGAAAUUUUAUCAUUUCACCAAAAUAGUCCUCGAAAACGUCUGAGUUCAUGUCUUCAUGGUAAUCUCCUGUGCGAGUCGACUCAAAGGUUAGCAGACCUUCUUUUAAAAAUCCCUCUUCGCUUCCAAUAUGUGUGAUUAUAAGUCUUUUUCCUUUUCCCGAAGGUACUUUAAUACCCGUAGACAGGCCUUCUAUGAAAGCUUGGCAAGCACUGGUUAUAUUUUUGUCUUGCCACAUUUUUUGGACUAUAUAACCUUCGUUAAUCCACGUCUCAUCAAGAUAAAAAACUUUCUUUUGCUCCCUGCGGUACUGCUUGAUACUUCUCAAGUAUUGUCGUCUCCAACAAACAAUUUCGUCGCUCACCAGUAAAAGUGCUUUGCGGCUAUCCUUUUUCCAGGCAAAAUCCAUAUUUUUUAAAGUUUUCCAUAAAAGUUUUCUACUUAUCAACGGAAUACUGUCAUCUCGGCCAAGCUCCAUUAAAAUUUUGUCUAGGGUGGGUAUUUCCUUUUUAAAAUAAAAAGAGUAAACUUUUCUUCGAAUUAUACAUUUAGCAUUUUCAUCAAGGACUUUUGUAGGCCGUCCUGGCUUUUGCUUGGGAGAUUCCACUUGACCUGCUACUUUUCUUUCCCGCAACAAUUUGAAAAUGGUGGACUUUCCAAUUCCACUCAUUCGAGAACAUUUUUCAACAAUUUCUUGCACAGUAAAACUAGGGUAAUCGUGUUUUAUGCAAUCAUGUACAUUUAAAAUAAUAACUUUUUCACUCAGCGAUAGUGGAGAAUAAGUACAUCUUUUCGUUGGACUGAAUACCUCCAUUUUUUAAAUAUUGGGAUAAUAAUAUUGUGAUUACACUACAGCGUAGCAGUGACUACUAACGUUUAAAAUAUGAUUUAAAAGUAUUUAUAGUCUGUAUAUAUUACCUGACCCCAUUUUUGCAUGUUACAAAGCGUUAAAAGAUAGGUACCUAUACAAAAGUAUUAAAAGUAUUUAUUUAGUAUUUAAUCUCUUUCAAAAUAAAGGCAUUUAAUCCGUGAAAAUUAAAUUCAUAAAUAUUAUAAGUACCUGCGCCUAUGAACUACCACGAAAUGUAGCCAAACAGAACGGAAUUCCCCAGUUUAUUGCUCUAUACACUUCUGAAAUAGAGAGUCACAUCCCUAGAAUAGUCAUUAUAGCUGACUAUGUAAAUUGUCUCUAUAUAUACGAUCGUCGUUAGGUUAAGUUUAGCAUUAGUUCCGUGUCAAAGCUCGCUGUUCGGGAUUAUUGUUCACCAUACGUUUGUACUUCUAGUUAACCUUAUUUUAAUAAAUGUUUUUUUAAAAGAAGCU